AUUGUGUUGAGAAAUAUUUAUUAUAAAUGAAUCGCUAUGAUUACUUUAAUCCAUUAGAGUCAGAAUCUAAUUCUAGUGAUCUCUAAUAUGAUAAAGAAGAUGAGGAAGAUAAGAAAUUUUAAGGUCAGACUAUGAAAAAACAAAAAGGAAAUACUAAGAAUACAUAUAUUAAUAAAAUCUCAUCCCUUAUAAGGAUAGCAAAUCCAGAAUUAAUAGAAGAGAAGUAUAUUAAAUAAUAUACUAAUAGAGGAGGAAAAAAAUAAGUUUAAGCGAAAUCCACAAAUCAACUCUUAGGAUCUAAUAUUGAUAAAGAAGACAAGCUUAAAAAAAAUAGAGAAUCUGCAAGAAAUAGCAGAAAAAGAAAGAAAAUUUAUUUAGAAUUAUUAGAAAAUAAAGUUUCAGUAUUACAAGAAUAAUUGGAGAGUUUUUAAAAAGUGAAUGAUUUAACAGCUGAUUUGGCAUUAAAUUUACAAAAUAAAAUCACCUAAGUUAUAUUGUAUUAUAAUUUAGAAAUAAGAACAAGAUCAGAAUAAAAUGAUUUUAUUCUCAAAUUUAUAAAAUACAGUCCAACAUAAUGUAAGCGAAAUGAAUAUAGAUACUAUAAUUGAAUCUCUAAAUGUAAAAAUAUAAUAAUAUAAAAGAAAAAAUUUGGAGCAGGAUCAUUUGAAAGGCAACAUUAAUUAGACCAUUAUUUUAAUUAAAUUUAUGAAAAUUGUCUUUCCCCUUAUUUAAAUUACAUAAUUGGAGUAGCAAAAACAGAAUAAGAUAUAUUUUAAGGAUAAAAUACAAAUUCUGAAACUGGGAUUUUAAGAAAUUUGAAAUUGACAGACAAAUAAAAACAGCUUAUUUUAAAGAAACACAAAAAAUUACUCAGAUUUUAGAAUGAUCUAACAAAGUUGUGUGAAAAUUUAUUUUUAGCACUUUAUCUUCUUUCUAGGAAAUUAAAAACCAAAUAUAGAUAGAAUUGAGUUAGUAUGGCAAAACUUUAGAAUAAUUAAGAAAGGAGUUAAAACCUAGUUAGGUAGGAAAAUUCCUUAUAGAAAUUGAAAAAAAGGAUAUGCAACAUCAUUUCAAAGAAUAAUUUGAAAAAUAUUUUGGUGCAGAAAUGGAUGAAGAAGAUUCUUUAGAUUUAUACCAAUUUAUGGCUGAACAUAACUAUUGCAACACUCUAGGAAUCGAUAUUUAAAAUACGUAUCAUAUAUUUAAACAAUCAAAAUUAUUUUUAAGCAGAAAGUAUGAAUUAGAGGAUUAGAAAUAACAAUAAAUUAAAGAAUAAUGAUUAUUAAAUUAUUUUUAGAAAUAGGC